AUGCUCAAAGGCAACGAUUGCAACGGCGGCAACGGCGGCGGCGCAGGAUCUGACGAUCGCGGUGCGACGAUAAGGAGCUUGUCCAGUGGCAACAAUCCCGGCGAGCCCUCGAUUCAAUCUUCAGAUGCAAGCAAGGCCGAGAGGAAGGCCGAAAGCAAGAGCGAGGGCAAGAGCGGUGCUGGUCGGAGGAGGAGCAAGAGACACGGCAGUGGGAGGAAGGUUAAGGCGGCAGCGAAAAAGAGCAGCAGCGGCGGCGGCGGCAAGCUAAUCAAAUCCAAGGGGAAAACGGGCGCACAAAGAGUGGAUGGCGAGUCGACCUGCGACUUCGGGGAGGGAAGGUGGGUGAUAUCGCCGAACAAGGCCCUGUACUCGGGUAGAACGUGUCCCUUUAUUCGCUCCAACGAGAACUGCCAGAAGAACGGGCGGAGGGACACGGGGUACCUCAACUGGCGCUGGCAGCCGCGCGGAUGCGACGUUAACCGCCUGGACCCCGCGGCGUUUCUCUCCCGGUACCGCAACAAGGUGUUCGCGAUAGCGGGCGACUCGUUUUCGUCCAAUUUUGGUAACGCCAUUCGCUGCUCGUUGAACUCGUACGCGCCAACGGUUGACUUCUCGGGCGAGUUUGGCGGCACGGACGUGAAGGGGUACCGCGUGGCGCAGUAUAACUUCACCUUCCUGUACAUUUCGUCCGUCUAUCUCGUCGACGCGGAGCCCAUUGGCGCAGCCAAGAGCUCGGGCGCGUGGAAGGUGUACCUGGAUACGCCCCGGGAUAAAUGGAGUGACAUCCUGGAUUACCUGGACGUCUUUAUCUUCAGCGCCGGUCACUGGUUCGUCAACGCACCGUCCAGCCUCCGCCAAUACUACAUCAAAGGCGUGCAGCAGCCGGCCAUCACGGGCUAUAAAGCCAUGGAGAUCGCGCACGCGACCGUUCGCGACACCAUAAUCCGCUCGGGCUACAAAGGCAUCCCCGUUAUGCUCUCCUUCUCGCCAUUCCACGACGAGGAGGCUUAUGGCGGGCCGGACUCGGGGCGCAACUGCAAGGGCGAGAAAAUGCCGUUUACUGCUGCUGAGCUGGCAAAUGCGGAUAAGUAUAGUGAUGCGUCCGAAGCAGUAGGCCAGGAGCUUGCUGACUGGCAGCAGCAGCAGCAGCAGCAGCAGCAGCAGCAGCAGCAGCAGCAGCAGCAGCAGCAGUCAGAGUUCCUCUUCUUCUAA